AUGUAUCAAUCACUGCUAGCUUGUCCCCCCGUCCUCCCCCUUUCCGCCUUCUCUCCUCUCCCUCUACCAUCAAAAUCUCCUCCCACCCUUUUCCACAUUCAAGGCUCCAGUGAGCAACGAGCUGGGCAUCGCCAUGCUACAAGGCGCCAGAGAGUUGCAGCAAGGCACCGGCAGGCUAAGAAGAGAAAGCGGGCUGCCGUAGCAAGGCGUGAGCACACGGCAGCAACGCAUGAGCUCACUGCAGCAACGCGUGAGCUCACUGCAGCAACGCGUGAGCUCACUGCAGCAACGCGCGAGCUCACUGCAGCAACGCGCGAGCUCACUGCAGCAACGCGCGAGCUCACUGCAGCAAGGCGCGAGCUCACUGCAGCAACGCGCGAGCUCAAUGCAGCAACGCGCGAGCUCACUGCAGCAACGCGUGAGCUCACUGCAGCAACGCGCGAGCUCACUGCAGCAACGCGCGAGCUCACUGCAGCAACGCGCGAGCUCACUGCAGCAAGGCGCGAGCUCACUGCAGCAACGCGCGAGCUCACUGCAGCAACGCGCGAGCUCACUGCAGCAACUCGCGAGCUCACUGCAGCAACGCGUGAGCUCACUGCAGCAACGCGCGAGCUCACUGCAGCAACGCGCGAGCUCACUGCAGCAACGCGCGAGCUCACUGCAGCAAGGCGCGAGCUCACUGCAGCAACGCGCGAGCUCACUGCAGCAACGCGGGAGCUCACUGCAGCAACGCGCGAGCUCACUGCAGCAACGCGCGAGCUCACUGCAGCAACGCGCGAGCUCACUGCAGCAACGCGCGAGCUCACUGCAGCAAGGCGUGAGCUCACCGCAGCAACGCGUGAGCUCACCGCAGCAAGGCGUGAGCUCACUGCAGCAACGCGUGAGCUCACUGCAGCAAUGCGUGAGCUCACCGCAGCAAGGCGUGAGCUCACUGCAGCAACGCGUGAGCUCACUGCAGCAACGCGUGAGCUCACUGCAGCAAGGCGUGAGCUCACUGCAGCAAGGCGUGAGCGCAAAAAUUUGCCAGUGCGCUGCCGCAACAAGGCAGCAGCGCACAAGCCGCCAGUGGGCUGCAAGGCGCAAGCGCGUUAG